UAUGAUAGUGAGAUUGAAUUCCCUAAAUAGCCACCUCACUUCAACCUCCUUGGUGGAGCCUCCAUAUCUGGCGUUUGGCCGCCAUUACACUCUCCAUAAACUCCUCACUUUAAACUCCUCGUCACCAAACUCGCUUGUUUUUACUUCCUUUUCGUUUGCGUGUAACAGCAACUCUAUGUCUAUGGCAUCAACGCGGCUUGUAAAUUGGGAUGAUAUUGCGGAACGCUUUGCCCCGCAUGCACCGUCUAGCGGUAAAGGCUCACAUGUCCUUCACAACAACCCACAAGCUCAGAGCCAGAAGAAGACUAAGAAAGACCUUGGCCCCACCACUUCACGCCACAGUCCAUCUUCUGCAAGACUGCCUCCACAAACUAGUAUUCAGCAAGGAUAUGGGAUGAAUCCGAUUUCAAGUGUUUCAAGUGGUACAGAAUCACGUGCUGGUCAUGUUGAGCCCCAAGUUCUUGAAAAUGUCCCCGUUGAAAGUGCCCCCGCAGAAAGUUCUUCUGGAACUGGAAGUACAUCAGACAACCAAACAUUCACAAGGAAAGUUCACAGAAUAAUCACCAAGAUGUUCAGGAAGUUGUGACAAAAGCUGGCACGUUAGACUCAAAAGUGCUUGCCUGAGAAAAAGAAGAUUCAACAUUUUUGCGGCAUUUCUUAGCAUCUCAUGCAGUUUUGAGGAGAGUUCCAGUUUUGAUUACUGGGGUUGAAUUUAUAGAUAUUGUGUUUACUGCUAAAUUAUGUGUAUUCCCCAAGUUCGUUCUUGUGUUUAAUUUUUCAUUUGACAUUUUUAGUACAGAAUCCUUUACAAAUAUACUCCUUGGAAGUUUAAUGUAGUUCGAAAAGGGAGAGAAUAUUCAUAAUUUGCAUAUGCUCUUUGGGGUAAAUCAAGGAGUAUGAGUGAGGGUUAAGAUUA